AGGAAGUGUAAUGUAUAGUGAAUGUUAUGUGACAAGUAUUUUAAAUAUUCGCGGUACAGCUUGUACUGCGAGAGAAAAUCAAAAUGGCAAGUGAAGACAAGUCUUUGUCUGCUCUGGAAGCCUUGUUGAAUGAAUUCUUCAGCCCUAAUGCAACAAAUGAAAGGAAGCAUGAAAUUGAAGAGUUGUUGAAUGGGUUCAAGAACCAACCAGAAUGCUGGAGAUAUUGCUUAAAUUUCAUAACAAAUACUUCUAAUGAGUUUGUUAUGAUGUACUGUUUAACUGUUUUAGAACAUGUCAUCAAUAAACUUUGGAUACGAAUGCCUGGACCAGAUAAGGCUGAAUUUAGGACAAGACUAAAUAGGUUCAUGAUCAGUAAUCACCUCAAAGUGCCAAACUUUAUUUGCAAUAAACUAGGGAAACUGAUCGUCGACAUUGGCCGACUUGAUUGGCCACAUUUCUACCCAGACUUCUUCAUCAACAUUCAUCAGUUGGCUCAAGCUUCAGAAACGGCUCCAUUAGGACUCAUGCUCAUUCAAACUGCAUUUGAAGAAUUUACAUCUCCCAGAGAGGAUCUUGCUGCUGGACGGAAAGAAGAUCUUCAUAAGUUGAUGCUCGAUCAAGUGCCUUUUGUUCUAAAUAUAUUAGCAGGUCACUUAGACUCAGUGUUAGAAAAGCACAAUCAUUUAGGAACUGCUACACCACCACCCUCGCCAACUCAUUAUCAAAGCAAUGGUCAACAGCAGUCUUUAUUUAGUACUUCACCUUUGCACACAGGAAGUCUACUGAGUGGCAUGUUUAACUCUACAAGUAAAAACCCUUUUCAGUGCAUGCCUCCUUUAGAUGCUGAAUCUCAUCAACUUAGUGUACUGUCUUUAAGAUGCCUCGCCCAAUUACUUAGUUGGAUACCUCUGUCAUCAUACAUUACCUCAUCAUUGCUAACCACAGUAUUUCAUUUUGCUAGUUUUGGCUGUCACCCUGAACCUGUAAGCAUUGAUAUAAUGAAUGUUGGAAUGCACCAUGUUCAAACCUCUAGAAGAAAUACAGACUUGGGGAUUCAAGCAAUGGGUUGCAUUAAUGAAAUAAUGUCUAAACAUUGUGUUCCUGCCGAUUAUGAAGGUUUCUUGCUACAAGUUUUUCAAGAUACUUUUCACUUGCUUCAAAAUUUAACAAAAGAUAAUUCAAAAAGUCCAUCUGGUCGGAAUGUGUUAUCUGAUGUUGAUGACAUGUAUGUUGAAAAGUUUACCGAGUUUUUGCAACUGUUUGUUAGUUUGCAUUUGAAAAGGUUUGAAAGUAGUACGCAAUUCCCUAUUUUAGAAUUUCUAGCACUACUUUUCAAGUAUACUUUUCAGCAGCCAAGUCAUGAUGGAUUCUAUUCUUGUCUUGAUAUAUGGAAUACAUUUUUAGAUUAUUUGAAUUGUAAAUUGAAAAAUCAAGAUAAUAACUAUGAACUAACUUUUAGCAAAUAUAAAGAUGCGUUAUUAGCACUUGUACAAGAAAUAUUUAGGAAGCUGCAAUUCCGGUUCAAUCAGUCAAGUUUGGAGGAACUAGAUGAUGAAGACUUAAAUGAUGAUUCCAUGACUGAAUGGCAGCAGUUUCUGUGCCAGUGCUUAGAAGUUGCUUCUAAGGUUUCAGAACUUAUGCCGACUGAAGUGUUUCAUUUAAUGUUUGAAAUUUUUGAAGAAAAUUUGAGAAUAUAUUUUGAUCUUGAAAAAUUUUUGAAACCUGCAGUAAGUAAUGGCCAAGUUGAGUUGAGUGUUUGUGGAGAAAACGAAUGUCGUCGUUUACACUGCAGUCUUAGAGAUUUAUCAUCAAUGCUUCAAGGUUUAGGGCGAUUGGUGGAACACAUGUGUGGUGAACAUUUCAAUAAUCGAAAAAUGGAUGCUCAAAAGACUCUUGAAAAGUUGUGCCACGCUUCUACAUACAGUAACCGGGUCAGAUUUUAUGAAGUCAAAACAUCAGCUCCAUUAGUUUUGAUAGACUUUAUUGAAGUGCAUGCUCAAUUGCUUGCAUCUCUCAAAGCAUUUUGUCACUGGCUAGCUCAGUAUAGUAAAGAAAAUCCAUCCAGUUCAGAAAAUAGUUCUGAUACUUCAAUUGAAAAAGUGAUUGCAGAUAUAGCCAUUGAAAACGUUAGAAAAAAGGUUCCAGAAAAAGUUACUCAUAGUGCUGCCCAUCUUUUAAAUUCAUUGACAUAUACUGUACGACCAGCUUAUCUGUUUCAAUUUUCUAAAGUGCAAAUGUUAUUUUCUAUGAUAGGAAAAUUAGAAUUGAAAUUUUUACCAAUUGAGACACAGCUUGUUGUGUAUCGCUCACUGUCGAACAUUUUGGUAUUACCGUGGCCAAAUGCUGCUGCUCCAGAGCAGAUGUGGUCAGCACGUUCUUCCCAACAUGAUGCAUUAAUUUUAGCUCUCUGUGAUCCCUUGAAGUCAUGUUGCAACAAUCAAGCUUUUUUUCAAGACAAAGCAUUACAAGAACAUGCAAAACCAAGUAUACUCUGGGUUCUUCAAGUUGUUUGUGGCUUAGUUGAAAAUAUAGCUGAUGCAUUUACUAGAACUAAACAAAUUUUUUACAUUUCAUUACAACCUGUUAUUCCAUGCAUAGAAUCAUUGUUUCAUCUGUACUUACAACAUUCCGAUGUAACUGAAAGUAUUUUGGAAUUCUAUUUAAGCCUGUUCUCAGUCUUUAGGAUUCAAAUAGGAUUACCUUUUGUUGAAAAAACUAUACAAAAUUUUCUGACAUUGUUUUCAUCAAACCAAUUAAUGAAGUUUACCUUAAAUGAAGCUUCUGGUUGUAAAGUUAUUGAAAAGCUUUUGCAACUUUUGCAGCAAGUUAUUCAAGAACCCAGCUCAAAUUUUAAAGCUUUUUUACCUAGUACCAUAAAUCUUUGCUUAGAACAAAUAUAUCCCCUCAUUGCUGAGAGAGCAUCAUCAGAAGUUAAACCACACUUUUUUGAAUUAUUACAUAAAAUUCUCCUUCAUAAUUGGCGAUAUUUUUUUAAAGUGAAUGUGGUGAACAGUCUUGGAGAAUCAGGAAAUGAAAAAAUUGAAAAUGAACAUCAUUUCACCAAAAUGAUGGAGGCAUAUGGGCAGUCUUUUUUGCAGCCUGAUAUUAAUUUAUUCAAGCAAAAUCUAAUGUCUUUGGAAAACUUAAAUGAAAAAUGGAAAUUGUAUCACAAAGGAUUUUUUAAAACGGUGAUGUUGCAGCAGUUUUUAAAUGUGCUAUUACAAACACUUAUUCAUAAGUCACAUAACUUGUUGCAAGAAGAAAUUGUGAAUACUAUUUAUCACAUGGCAUCAGUUGAAUUCAGCACUUUCUACAACAGUUUUCUCCCUCAGUUUCUACAAAGUAUAGACAGUUUGGAUUCAAAUCAAAAAACUGCUUUGUUGCGAAACUUCAAACAUGAUACUGAUUUGCAUUCCUUUGCAGAAAAUACAAAUAGGUUUAUCAGUGAUCUCAGGUACUACUGCCUUUGUACAAAUUCUAUGUUAUGAAAGUAAUUGUCUCAUAGAAUUUAAAUUAAGACAUUGAAUAUUCCUCAUUAAAUGUUGUAAAUACUACUGUGAGCAGAAGAAAACUCCAAAGCUUGAUGCAUAUGCUAAUGCUAAAAAGUGAAAUUGAAUUACAGGCAUUAAUUUCUCAUUGCAAAAUGAAAUGUGUAUGAAAAAAUAUUUCACAAUCAAUCUCUUGACAUAAUUGUAUUUUUUAUAAGAUUUUGUAAAUACAAAUUGAGCCUUUAUUUCAAUUUUGAACAUUUAUGUUCAAAACUGAAUUAGUUGUAAUUCUACCCCCCCCCCCACCUUUUCAAAAUAAACCAAACUUUUUCCUGGUUUGGAAGGUUGUAUGAUCACAUUUGCAUCACAGCUCCUGCAUUUAUUAAGCUAUGCAACUGAUAUUAAAAAUUACUUUGUUUGCAUAGAUUAAAUUGAGAAGGAAUAAAAGAUUGUACAUGAUGGUCUUCUCUUUUGUUUGAAAUUUUGAAGUUAAGAAUGCUUGUCUUUAGAGAUCUGAAAUGAACUGAAUGUAGGAUCUAAAAAUUCAAGGUUUAAUUUCCAGAAAGAAACAAAUAGGAUUACCUAGACUGGAUUUUAAAUAACAAUUGUGAUAGAUUAAUAUUAAAUUAUAAUUUAGUUUUAAUGUUAGUUAUACACCUUCUUAUCGUUUGUUACGCAAGUUCUGAAAUUAAAAUUCAUAAGAUUUGUAUUCCAUUGUAUCACAGAUAUUAUUGAAACAUACAUAUUUGAUGCAUUUAAAAAAAUUAACAGCAUUGAAAUAUAGGUUGAUAUCUGAAGUUCAUAAGACUUGAAAAUCUUUAGUUCAAACACAGAAUUUUACUGCAAUAUAAAAUGCGAGUUAAAUAAAAAUUUUAAAUUUGUGUGAUAAAUGAUUUUUUCUGUUCAUAUGCUGUCCUACUUUUCAUAUCUUUUAAUAUGGUGCAACUUCUAUGUAAAUAUUUUGGAAUUAAGCUUGCUCUUAAGUUUAAUAUUCACAUCAGGGAGAACUAUAUAAUGAUAGUGAAAGGCAAAUUUUAAAUUAUUGAAUAUUACGAAUUUGUGCUAUUCAAUAGUUUAAAAUUUGCCUAAUCACAAUUAAAUUGCUAGCAGAUUAAAGGCAUUGUGUUAUAUUUAAAAACAUAUGUUUAAUCUAUGCUUGCUUUAUCUUUUUUUUUGGAGGGGGGGGGAGGGAACAUGUGAAAACUCAAAUUAUAUUGAGUCACUUAGCUAUAUGAAUUUCUAAUUUCGACUCUUUACCAUUAUAUCAAAUUUCAUCAAUAUUUCUAAUUGAAGCUUUUUCCAGAUCAAGCUGUUCUUUUAAAAUAUAGAUAUCAAAAAUAAUAUUUUUAGUUCACUUUACUGUUUUAGCAUUCUCAGAUGUUGAAUGGAAAUUAAAUUUGUAUAUUGUGCAAGAUUUUUAUACAUUUCUUU